AGAAUCCAUGUGACUCAUGGCGAAAUCAAGCGGAUUAUUUCCUUUCAGAAGGGAGGAGAAGUUUGUAAAUUGCGCCCUCAUUUCCUCCAAACCUUCUCUGAUGUGUUAUCGGGUGAUAUUGCUCCUGAGCAUGUCACUUUUCAAGAGUAUCUUGGGGACUUUCAAGACUUUGUGGAACUUCCUUCAGAUGCAACGCUCGACAAUGACAUCAAAAUCCGAGCCGUAACAUUAAAAUCGCUAAAACAGGCUGCACAAAUAUCUUCCGCUGAGAUUCAACAAGACAUGGAACUCCAACGGUGGCCCCGAUUGUGGCCCCAUUGUCACUUAUUGUAUCCAUGUUUUCCAAUACAUGAUUUAGGGCCGGGUUCGCCGAUGUUUCCAAGGCUUCAUCCAAUCAAAAUAAAUACUACAUACCAACUUUGGAGCCCAGUCAGCAAGAUAAACGAUGGUUGCAUUGAACGUCAUUCGCACAAUAAUAUAGUAAAUUGUAAAGGGAAU